AGUCAGUUAAGAACUAAAUCGUAUUUACAAUGACGGCCUAGGAACAGUGGGUUAACUGACUUGUUCAGCUAUAGAACAACACAUUUUUAUCUUGUCAGUUAGGGGAUUCGAUCAAAGCAACCUUCAUGUUACUGGCCCACGCUCUAACCACUAGGCUACCUGCCGCCCCAGUAUGCCUAAAUAAUGAGAAAUUGUUAAUGUACCAACAUUAUAGUAUAAGAAUGUCACAUGCACCGAAGAUAACGAGCUUGCAAGUUAUAUUUAGACUCAAGCUAAUAAUGGUAACGUUAGCUAGCUAGCAGGCUAACGUUAGCAGGUUAUUCUCCAAAACAAUGCAGAUAUCUAGCUAACAUGCAUUGCUAGCUAGUGUUGCAUAGCUAGCUAAGAAUAUUCCAUAAAUUGCACGUUUUAUUUGCAAGAAGGUAAGUAGUUGGGUAACGAAGCGUAUUUAAGUUUACCUAGUAACAACAGGCAACUCUUUUAGCCAGCAUGUAUGCACAGCAGCGCACCACCACAGUCGCGCAGCGUGUUUGUUGUUGAGGAAACUGAAGCAGCAACAGUUGUUAGCUAGUUAAGCUAAACACUUACUAUAAUCUUGAAAACGAGAACUUGGUAUACAUUUUUACCUCGUUUGUCAGUCUGCUUGUUAUUUAUGGCUGGCAGACUUUAACCUUUGUGUUAAAUCUCUUAUCAAUGGACUAACUAGCUGUCCACUUCAAGUAGCACUUGACUUGUGACAUGCUAGCUCUAUUUUCAUAUACCUCCUUCACAUACCGCUAUUUAUUUAAUGAAGUGCUAAUCUGAUAUUUCUACAAGCGUCCUUGUUUGUAGCAGGUGUCAAUACUGAGUACACAGGAACGCUUUGUUUGCGGGUGGACCAGUUGAAGAGCUGUGGCACUCAUUUAAAUGUAAUGUAUUUUCCAGCUACUGACAAUUCAUAAGUCUCACUUAAGCAGAGCCUUUGGGAUUUAGCAAGAUAUUGGUGCUGGAGGCUCUCUGAUGUUCAGCCAUGGACGAAGAGGACAGCCAGGAUGAGCUGAUCAACCGGAAUGCUACCCACGGAAAAGGGAAAAGGCCAGCAUUGUGGGCAAUCUCAGAUGAAGACUCAGAUGAUGGUGGGGAGGAAUCUGAGGAGGUAGCUUCUGACAGUGGUGAGGAAGAACACCUCGAUGGAGAAGAAGAUGAGGAGGAUGAUAGUGAUGAUGAUGAAGAGGAGGAUGCUGCGAAGGAGGUGGAGGGUGCAGUGGGGGGAGUGUCUGCUGACUUGGCAGGCCUGAGCUCAGACGAGGACACAGAGAAAUGUCCCAUCUGCCUCAAUUCUUUCCACAGCCAGCCUGUGGCCACACCAGAGAGCUGCAAACACUACUUCUGCCUCGACUGCAUCCUUGAGUGGUCCAAGAAUGCAAACUCCUGUCCUGUGGAUAGAAUUGUCUUCAAUAACAUCUACCUGAGAAAAUGUUAUGGUGGGAAAGUGCAGAAAAUGAUCACAGUGCAGAAGCCAGUGAAGGAGGGCCAGGAGGAGGUGAUAGACCUGGAGCUGGAACAGACCAGCUGUGAGGUGUGUGGGGGGAGCGACCGUGAAGACCGACUGCUUCUCUGUGACGGCUGUGAUGCAGGGUACCACAUGGAGUGCCUGACCCCCCCGCUAGACGCUGUCCCUGUGGAGGAAUGGUUCUGCCCAGAGUGUCAAGCCAACAACCGCCAUUCAAGGGGUUCAGAGGAGCAGAGCGACGUGGAGAGUCUGAGCAGCGCCCGUCCCACAACCAGUCGCUCCCGCCCCCGCACAACGGGCCCCACCCGGGCCAUCGCCCGCACCCAGCAAAGCGAGAGGGUCCGCGCCAGUGUCAAUCGCCACCGCAUCACCCAGGCACGCACUGCACAGAUUGCCCCCAGUUUUCUGAUGCCACAGUCCACCUGGCUGGAUGACACUAUCAACGCAGUAGUGGCAGGACUCAACACUGCCGUGUACAUACGGGACCUCACACCCCGUGCUCCAUCCAGCCGACGACGCAGGACAGUGAAGCGCAGGAAAGGCAGUAGUAAGAGGUCAUCGGGUGAGAAGGGCAAAGCUGCAGGCACUGGGGGGAAGAGGAGGAAACGGAGAGUGAGGAGGUCCAAGUCCAGAAGGAAAAUGGUGGUGAAGAAGGAGCCUACGUCUCGUGGUCGUAUAGCCCAUAACCUGGGGAUAGGGAAGCCCAAAUGGGGCUCAUCCCUUCCCUCUGUGUACCGGCCUACAGAAACCACUCUGGGCAGUAUGAGAGCUGACAUAGGAGCUGCUUCGCUCUCUGUCUAUGGAGACCCCUUUGACUUGGACCCCUUCACUGACAGGAAUGAAGAGGAGGAAGAGCAUGCCUCGGCCAUGACAUCACUGCUGGAGGCUAAGAGGCAUGGCUUAUCUCGCUCUGCCCUCCGCUCGCACCAGCCUGUGGCCCGACCAAUCACUGCUGGCCUCUCCAGGCGGGGCCCAAGCCUGCCCCAGGUGGCGGCGUUGGCCCCAGUGCCUGACCUUCUGGGCAGCAUCCUAUCAGGACAGAGCAUGCUGCUGAUGGACAGCUCAGACGUGGUCAUCAACAGAGACGGAUCCCUCAAGGCUACCAAACCAGUGGGUGUGUCAUCUUCGUCCAGGCUGGGCAGCAGUAGGAGCAGCAGCUCUGGUGAAUCAGUAGCCCAGAACCACUCAGGGAUGUCCCCUAAUCCAGAAGCAGUCAGCUCCCUCUCUCUCCCCACUAACGGAGACCUGGUGGUGGGACCCUCCUGUAGCCCCCUGAACAGGCCCUCCCUCAGCUCCCCAGGGCCCUGCUCGUCCCCUCUCACCCCCUCAUCCCCUUGCCCGGCCAGCCACAGCCAGACUUCCCCGCCUCCCAGACCCAGCCCUAGUCUUGGACAGAGCCACUGGGGGGCCACUGGUGUACAACUUCCCCAUAGGACCCAGAGAGAAGCCACCUCUACCUCCACUCCUACCCCAGACUCUCGGUCAAGAGGGAGGGAGACCGUGCCACCACAGCCCCAGGCUAAGAAGGCUGCACCUAAACCAGUAUGGGAAGCACCAGUAUCGGUGCUUCCCAGGAUACCAAAGAUAAAACGGGAGAGUGGUGGGCUAACGAAUGGCAUUGUCAGUAGGGGGGGUAGUAGUAGCCGUGCUAAUAGUAAUGGCUUCCCUGAGGCCUGUGUGAACAGCCUGGGUGGGAACAGGGGUAGGCAGCCAAGGGUGGAUCAGCAGCAGCAGGGCAGGACAGAGGGUCAGAGACAGAGACCAGAGCAAGCAGGCUCUUCGUCUGCCUUCUCCAGCUCCUUUUCCUCUUCCUCUGAUUCCCCAGCCAACCCGGCAUUGGCAUCCACAGUGUGCUUCCGGAUCAAUGCCAGUGGGAAUGCGUGGCACGCCCGACAGCUUAACAACGCCUCAGCAAUGUUUGCCACCGGCAACAGUCAAGAACCACUGUCCACGGAAGAAGAGGCGGCGAAGAGGAGAAGAGAGGAGCGCAGCAGCAAAAUGAGGCCCCUGGCCACCUCACACACACAGGUCAAAGAGGAGGAGGGGGAUAUAUACGACCCCUUCCACCCAACAGGCUCAGACUCCAACGCCUCAGAAAGUGAAGGAGAGAGCCAUGCUGGGGGGAAACCAUCCAUGGCGCACAAGGAAUGUACCAUCUACCAGGUGAAAGCUGAGGCACUGGAAAAUAGGGUGUCACUGGAGAGGGAUGAGGGCUCAGGAGAAGUUCUGGAUGUGAAGAGCGAGGCAGACACGGCAAAGCCUGGUCACGGCCCACACAACGCACCCAGGUCUGGGAUGACUGGCACCAGCACACCCCUGUCCCAGAGCCAUGUCCCUGGGAAGAAGGAGAGGAAAGAACAAGGGGGCAAGAAUCGAGAGCCCCAGAGCCAGAAGACUGAUCAUUUCUCAUCCAGCUCAGCUUCCAGCCACCACAGCAACAAGAUGGUGAAGACCGAGAUCAAGUCAGAGCCCCAGGACAGCCCCCCCAAGUCCUUGUCCAUGUCUAAAUCAAACUCCAGGCCCUCAGGCCAUGGGAGGAAAACAUCCAAAGGUGGGGAGUCUUCCACGGAACGGGGGUCCACCUCAAACAGCCCGGAGGCAGGCAGGAGAAGAGGAGACAAGGCCCCGGAGCAGCAAGGGAGGAAGAGGGGAGACAAGGAGGGUAGGAGAGGAGAAGAGGGGGGUGAGAGAAGGUCCAGGUGUUCAGAAUCGAGGGAGAGUAGACUGCUUUGUUCUCCAUCAGACAGCUCCACUUCUGAGACUUCUGAGAGGUCUCGCAAGAAGAAGAGACGGUCAUGCUCGCUCUCCAAAGACAGGAGGCGCUCCAGGUCGAGGUCAGGGUCCGGCUCCAGCAGCAGAGAGCGGUCCCAGAGUAGGAAGCAGAAGAUGGGGAGCAGGGAGAGGAACGACAGCAGAGGAAGUGAGAGAGAGAAGGGUCGGCCAUCAAAUGCCAAGAAGCGAGGUCACUCGCAGUCUCGCUCGCGGUCCAGGUCUAGGGAGAGGAGGAAAGACCACUCACGAUCACAACCAUCAUCCUCUGGGUCAAAAAACAGGUUUGAGGUGCGGUCAAAAGACAAAAAGAGGCCGAGGUCCAGGUCGCGGUCCAGAGAGAGGAGAAAAGAAGAGGGGUCGUCACAGGGCACACACAGACCAGGGUCUUUCUCAACCACCUCCUCCAAAGAGCUAGAAGAACAGAAAGAGAAGAUAAAAGAGAAAAUGCUUACUCUGAAAGAGGAGAGAGAGGCUGAAGAAGACAGAAAAGAGCGAGAGAUCAAACAAGAGAUGCCUUCUUCUUCAGGACUCAAACCUCACUCUGUCCUCUCUGUCUGCCAGGUGAAAAAGGAGAGUGACGGCAAUGAAUUUAGAACAGAGAAGCACGCCUCUCUCUCAGCAAAACUGCUCAAGGAGUCGAAGCUGCUCAAAGAAAUCAAAAAAGACAUACUGCCUGCCUUUGAUUUGUUUGAAGAAUCACUGGAUAGUAAACCAAUCAAGGAAGAAAAAGCUCUAUCAAUGUUCAUGGAGUUCAAGGACUUGCAAGAGCACAAGGAGAUCAAAAAGGAAAAACCUCCCCCCCUCAUAAAUGAGGCGUGCGCCCUCCCCACCUCAGACAUAACCGAACAAAAAGACCUGGUAUUAAAGGAAACCAAGACUGAGCACAUCUGGCCUGAGCUGCCUCAACAACUGACCUCCAUCAUCACUGUUCCCCCCACAGGCCAACCCAGCCCCAGCUUCUCAACACUCCGCACCAACCCUGUCCCUGCUCCUUCUCAGGCUGCAGUGACUACAGCCGGCCAGCAGGUGGCCCCAUCCCUGCCUCUAGUACCAAAGGCCCUCACAGAGACCCCUCCAUCUGUCCAAACCAUCCCAGUGAAGGAAGAGGUAGAGGAGCAUUCCGACUAUGAACUUGAUGACAUGGACGUGGACAUGAUGCUGGACAGUCUGGACAAUGUGAAGUGUGAGAAAGCAGAGCCAGAAGGAGAGAAAUGGGAGGCUCGGGUUAAAGAGGCGAAGGAGGGCGAAGGGGAGGACGAAGAGGUGAAGACAGUCACGCCAGGUGUUAAAGCCAAACCCUCGGUGAAGAGAGUCACCUGGAACCUACAGGAACCAGAUGGACCACAGCCAGAGAAGACUGGCAGUAAGCUGGCCCUCUACAAACUGAAGCUCAAACAGGAGGGAGCUCGCAGACCUGCCUCCUCCGCCCAGGCUUCCAAUCAGGAGGCCGCCUUGGGUGCUACAUCACUCACUGACCCCAAGGUUCAGAGCACCAAGAGGGCCAGUGUGUCUCUAGUGCUCCCCAGUGCGCUUUCCAGCUCCAACAGCCUACCACAAGUAGGGCUCUCCAAACCUGUGCAGGGGGAACCCAAUGAAGCCCUAGGAGAGGAUGAUGCUUCCAGAAACGAUCAUUACAUAAAGAAGCUUCACAUGCAGGAGAGAGCCAUAAAGGAGGUGAAACUGGCAAUCAAACCCUUCUACCAGAAGAAAGACAUCACGAAGGACGAGUACAAGGAAAUCGUACGCAAGGCUGUCCAGAAGGUCUGCCACAGUAAGAGUGGAGAGAUCAACCCAGUGAAAGUGGCCAACCUGGUCAAAGCCUAUGUGGACAAAUACAAACAUGACAGGAAACACAGGAAAGGAGAGGAGGAGGCAGAAACUGAUAGAACAAAUGAUCCAGAGACCCCAUGAAAUCAUCCACAAGCACUCAGCCAUAUUCAGCCAUUUUCACUAAUUUAAUCAUUUCUGUUAUCUUAUGUCACAGGAUUUUAGGGGACUCAAGCAAGGACUUAGAGAAAGAGUGGCUCCAAAUUUGAUUUGUCUUUCAUAGUUUUUAGGUGCGAUAAAGUUAUGUUCUGUCCAUGGUAAUUCACAGUUUCACAAAAUCAUGGUAGAGGCGUUUCGUUGAAAGAAGAUGUGCAAGUAACUUUUACUGCACCCAAUGUUGUCUGGCACUUUGAUUACCACUGACUGCCAAACAUCUGUUUUGAAUUGAAUUUGUUUCCAGGUUCACCCGGGGCCAGACCAUGUAGAUGUACUUUGUUGGUCUACUCUGUAUGAGGCUAACACAGAGAUUCUGUCUUAAAGAGACAGCUCUCAGUCAGAUCGCCUUUCAGUCAAGAGAGGCUAAGGGAUAAUGUGAAGCAGCUAUUUCUACUGGCAAAAUGUCUGAAUAGAAGCAGUGGUGGCUUUUAUUUUUUAUCUCUUGGGCAGUAGAGGGGUAUUUUUAAAAGAACACCACAAUGCAGAAAAAUACCAGUAGGCAAUUUUUUGGGGAAAAGGAGAAACAAUUAUUUUAGAUUUGGUGUAAAUAUUGAUUUUGAAUGAUCAUUAUGUACGCCCUUCCAGUUGUUAGCUGCCUACCGGGAAUUCACAGAUGUAUAUUGUUCAUGGUUCUGGAUGAAGUUUAUUGUUUUCGUGAAUGUCUCUGUGCUAUGGAACUGUGGAUCCGAUGGAGUGCUGGUUGACCAUACAGUAUGUGGCUCUGCACAUAGUGGCUGUCCUCUUCAGUGGUGCUCAGAUUGUCAACGCUCCUCUGGUCUCUAUUGGCAGAAUACUAACUUGAGAUGAGGGCACACAUCUCAGACUUCCUCAAAAAAUCUCCCAUUGAUAAUCAAUGCAUGUUUGUUGAGAAAGUUUGAGUUGUGAAUUUUCUUAAGUUUGGACUCAGCCCAAAGUGUCUACUGGUUUUAAUCCUACCUUUUCAUCAGGUGUUGAUUAAGACAGGAAACCAGGUGAGGUGACUGCAAUCAUCAGCUUUAAUUGAUCAAUUGACCAGUCAUUUGCCAAUGAUUAGUGAAAACCAGCAGACACUGGAGUUUAUAUACGUUUUGUGAAUACUGCACCUUCACCUGUUUUCUCUUAGUUUAACGUUUCGUCUAGAAUCAAUUGGCUAGUUCUGUUGUAUAUUUGUAGCAGGCUAACAAGUCAUAAGACAGCAUAUCAUGCCUGUCUUGCAACCUAAUCAAUGUUUUUCCCAUUUCUUCACACAUUCACACUUGGUUAUGAACUCAACUAGUUGCUCACAUUUCUUCUGAAAGACUAAUUCCAAAAGCUUAUUUUCCAGUUUGAAUAAUGUGCAAUAACCCUUAUUCUUGACACUGGUCAGCCAGAGUUUGUUCUUUGUCACAAACAAACUAGAUUUGUUUUAGUCCUUGCAAAUAUUGCCAUACUUGUAGUUGCGAACUUGGAAAUUGUUAAUCAAGUAAUAGUGCAUAAUCCUAGUCAAGGCCAGGAUGUUUUUGGUAACGACCUGACAAACACUCUUAACAAGGGGCCAAAGGAUUUCCUAGUCAGGUGUCAUAGGUGGGAGAAACCCCUGGCCCUAGUCAUACGGUAUUCAAUUCAUGCCAUCCGUAAUCACUGUUUCUCAUUGGUUGGAAGUGGUUCACUUCCUUCCUGCUAAUGAAUACUUACAACUGUACCUGAAAACGGUUGGCCUUCUCUACUUAUUUUCAAAGACUCCUCUAGAUCUCUUCUAAAAGUUUAUUUGUAGAAAAGUGCGUUAAAGAAUAUCACCCUAUCUUUUCAAUUUUGGCGUUGGCAUGUUCCCAUUCUGUGUGUGUAGUAGAAUGGAUGUGUGUGGACCUGCCUUGGACUGGGCACCUGUCUUGUCCUACACCUAUAUUCACAUUUCAAAUCAAUCCCUAGAUUAUAUCUGCUUGGCACUUCUGUAGACCUAAAAGGAUUGGAUUGGUGUAUCAGAGGGCCAGAUGGAAUUGCUACCAAAUUGUGUAUACUGUACCUGCAGUAUCUGAUCCUUUCAGAUCUACUUGAAGUGUCUAGGGGUUGAUUGGAAUUGAGCUUACGUACUUUGUUUUUGAGAGGAGUGGGGAAAGGAGGUGCUUGAGUUAAAUGUAUUUGGUUUUUUCUCCUUCAUUACUUGAUCUCCUAGGGCAAGUGCUUCAGAGGGAACACAAAAUGAUCAAAUAAAAUAAAAUACAUUUUUGUC